UAAUUUUCCCAGCAGCCCAACCUCGCCUUGCGCUGUCCUUAAGGCCGCGCCCGGCCCCCACUCCGCGCGCAGGCGCAGACCAGCCGUACGCAUUCUACGUAACGGACGGCUGAAGCUACGUGAAGUGCAGAGUGCGGUGACUGAGCUACCUGUUCUGGGCUGUGUCCCAGUGACAUCGCGGUCCGCAAAAAUCUUUGCGACCUGAAGGCGGAGGCCAGACACAGGCAGGCUGGGUGGAGGUGGUGGCCUCAGAAGCCCCAGGCCGGGUUGCAGCCUCAGGUGCAGCGUACUUUUUAAGACGCAAUGAGAGCCUUCUAUGCUUUCUGUGUGGUCCUUUUGGUGUUUGGGCGUGUCUCCGAAGCCAAGUUCGAUGAUUUCGAGGAUGAGGAAGACAUAGUAGAGUAUGACGAUAAUGACUUCGCUGAGUUUGAGGAUGUCAUGGAAGACUCUGUUACGGAAUCUCCUCAGCGAGUGCUAAGUACUGAAGAUGAUGAAGAUGAGGCCACUGUGGAGUUGGAAGGGCAGGACGAAAACCAAGAAGGAGAUUUUGAAGAUGCAGAUACCCAGGAGGGAGAUACUGAAAGUGAGCCAUAUGAUGAUGAAGAAUUUGAGGGUUAUGAAGACAAACCAGAUACCUCUUCUAGCAAAAACAAAGACCCAAUAACAAUUGUUGAUGUCCCUGCACACCUCCAGAACAGCUGGGAGAGUUAUUAUCUAGAGAUCCUGAUGGUGACUGGUCUGCUUGCCUAUAUCAUGAACUACAUCAUUGGGAAGAAUAAAAACAGCCGACUUGCUCAGGCCUGGUUUAACUCGCAUAGAGAGCUUUUGGAGAGCAAUUUUACCUUAGUGGGGGAUGAUGGGACUAACAAAGAAGCCACAAGCACAGGCAAGUUGAAUCAGGAGAAUGAACACAUCUAUAACCUGUGGUGUUCUGGUCGAGUGUGCUGUGAAGGCAUGCUUAUCCAGCUGAGGUUCCUUAAAAGACAAGAUUUACUUAAUGUCCUGGCCCGGAUGAUGAGGCCAGUGAGUGAUCAAGUGCAAAUAAAAGUAACUAUGAAUGAUGAGGACAUGGAUACAUAUGUGUUUGCUGUUGGCACUCGCAAAGCUUUGGUACGACUGCAAAAAGAGAUGCAGGAUCUGAGUGAGUUUUGUAGUGAUAAACCUAAGUCUGGAGCAAAAUAUGGACUGCCAGACUCUUUGGCCAUUCUGUCAGAAAUGGGAGAAGUCACAGAAGGAAUGAUGGAUACAAAGAUGGUUCACUUUCUUACACACUAUGCUGACAAGAUUGAAUCUGUCCAUUUUUCAGACCAGUUCUCUGGUCCAAAGAUUAUGCAAGAGGAGGGCCAGCCUUUAAAGCUGCCUGACACCAAGAGGACACUACUGUUUACAUUUAACGUGCCUGGCUCGGGUAACACGUACCCAAAGGAUAUGGAGGCUUUGCUCCCCCUGAUGAACAUGGUGAUUUAUUCUAUUGACAAAGCCAAAAAGUUCCGACUCAACAGAGAGGGUAAACAAAAAGCAGAUAAGAACCGCGCACGCGUGGAAGAGAACUUCCUGAAGCUGACACACGUGCAGAGACAGGAGGCUGCGCAGUCCCGGCGUGAGGAGAAGAAGAGAGCCGAGAAGGAGCGGAUCAUGAAUGAGGAAGACCCCGAGAAGCAGCGCAGGCUGGAGGAAGCUGCUUUGAGGAGAGAACAAAAGAAGCUGGAGAAGAAGCAAAUGAAAAUGAAACAAAUCAAAGUGAAAGCCAUGUAAAGUCACCUCGAGGGCUCCUCCGCCCGUCCACCUGUAAGCUCUGCGCCCACCGGAAACGGGAAAAGCACGAGUCCGUUUCCCCCUAAAGUUCACAUAUUCCUGUGACUGAGAAGUCCUUAGUCCACCCUCCCCUCCUCUUGGUUUGGAGUUCUACAGAGGCUGUAGAUACAUUGAAAGGGCUCUUUCACUUAUUUCCGCCCUCAUAAUCAAAUUAGUUUGAUUAUUUUAUAAAAGAAUGGUAUAUAAAGUACGUGUAGUUUAAAAUAUUUUUAAAUUAUUACGUGAAUCAUCAGUGCUUUGGUGUUUGAAGAACAAUCAUGAAAUUUCUAGAUGGGUUGUUGCUUUUUGUUUAAACUGGGCAAUUGGAGUAACUGUGGAGACUGACCCCCAGAGUUCCUAUUGGAAUUGCACAAUAAACAUUGCUUGUUGUUUUCCUGUGUCACAUUAAACUUGUGAGAGAAGUGGAAUUUAGAACUGGUAUGUGGUGACGACUUUCAGAUCCCCUAGAACAUGGUGCAGUGUGUUGGUUGUGUGUGGGCGGUGCUGGCGACAGUAUUACAGGUGGAAAGCUCGCGGUGUUGGGUACUGUAAGUCCAUGGAAGAGUCUAGAGGCAGGUAGUCCAGGAGCACUUUCUCCUUGCCUGGUACUAUGAGCUAAUGACAGUGUGAGUGCUGAGUUUGAAGUAGUUGGAUGUUUAUUUUUCCUGAGUAAGAAAUGCGUGAAAAGCGAGCUGCUUCACCUAGCUCCAAUCACCGCUCUGUGAGGUCAUAGUGCUUUGCUUGGUUGCUGCAGCCUGUUGGGUCUUCACGGAGAAGCUGUUCUCUGUCUUACACGGCCUCCUUUCUUCUCCCUCUGCUUCUAUCUUGUCCACAGUUGAGGCCGGUACAUACUUUCUUAAAACAAAUAGCCAUCGAUCUGCAUAAGUAUGCUUUUAAAAAGUGAGCUUUCUGGGCUGGAGAGAUGGCUCAGAGGUUAAGAACACUGGCUGUUCUUCCAGAGGUCCUGAGUUCAAUUCCCAGCAACCACAUGGUGGCUCACAACCAUCUGUAAUGAGAUCUGGCUCCCUCUUCUGGCCUGCAGGGAUACGUGCAGGCAGAACACUGUAUACAUAAUAAAUAAAUAAAUCUUAAAAAAAAAAAAAAAAAAAAAAAAAAAAAAAGUGAGCUUUCUUAAAUGAUUGAGAGUUUUGUCUGCCUCCUGAGGCGGAAGCUUUCAUGGGGAGAGGCCCCCCCAUCUGCAUAAGCAUUGGCUUGUUGAGAUCUCUGCAUUUUAUAAAUGCUUCCUACUGAGAAAGCAUUUUUUAAGUCACUCUUUGUACCAGGUAAUUUUUGCUGGGAUGGGAAAGAGUUGUUUUUGUUUUUUUUUGGGGGGGGGGACUGGGUGAUGGUUUUUUGUUGAUGCUUUCUGUGUUCUGAGGCGGUUACAGUGAGUUGUGGUGAAAACAGUGUGUGCUGUUGCCUUGGGAAUUAUAUGGAGUUUUUCAUGUGGCUUUGUCUAGGUUAAUAGAAAUUGUGUACGCUGGGAUAUGCAGGUGUAUGCUUUUUAACAGUUCACAAGUUUUAAGUUAUUAAGAAUAACACAAAAUUGAAUCACUUUAAGGCCAUAUGAUUCUAGACUUAACAUUGUUUUACAAAUCUUUAAAAUACAUUUUAGAAUAAAAAUUGAUGUGCUUAGUUAUCUUUUGAGUAAUAUAAGCUUUCUUAAAGUCCCAUACAUUCGGACUGUGGCAGCUAAUUUUGUAAUUUAAGCAUUCAUAUGAACUACCUAUGACAUGUAUUAAAAACUGUUGACAAAAUCUGA